AUGUUGAAAACCACGGACUAUUCUAUCUUAGUCCGUGUUGAAAACCUAGGAUCCGUAAUCAAGUUUAAUGACGUGAGACCAGAGAACACCGGAACUUAUAGAUGUACGAAACGAGAUAAAAACAAUAACAUCGUCACUGAAGAGUACGAGUUGACCGUUACGCCGACUCCAUCCGACGCAGCUUCGCCAUCAGUGAGUACCAAGUACGCGCCAUACGGAAAAUCUGUUGUAAUAGAAUGUAACAGCGAUCUAUCGCUGCCAGUUGAAUAUUCUUGGGCCAAAUUUGGACUUCAAAUGGAACCUAUAUACGAUCGCGUAAGACAUGAUGUAUAA